UCUCACCGAUGCAGCUGCGCUGAGAACUGCUGGCGACAUCUGACGGAUGGCCGGAGAGGUCGGAAGGAAGGGGACAACUAAGGGGGGCUUUUUACUUGUGCGAAUAUUGCGAACUGGGACUGGGAUUAAACUAGUAAAAGCUAUAUACGUCUUUCUUUGUUUCCUGUACGCAAUUUUUUACUUACUUUUAAUGCCAUCGAUCAAGCGUUUUAUAAAAGGUUCGAAACUGUUCUAAAACAACGUAAUUUAAACGUAAUUAUAACGUUUAAUUGUUUUUGAAAAAAUACUCUCAUGUGAAUUUGAACUGGGAAAGUCGGAAAUCCUUGAAAAUUACGAGCUCGCGCAGUUAUCAGUCGCCAACAGGGGACUCUGCCGUACGGGCGGACGCGAGCGCUUAUCUCUGAUGGUAAUAUCGACAGUUAUACACCUAUACCUAUAGCGGAUAGCCGCGCGUGGCAAGGAGAGGGAGAAAGCGCGAGUUCCGGCGCACACCGCACCGACCGACAGAUUUUCGCACUUCGCGAGAGAGAGAGAGAGAGAGAUAGAGGGAAAAAACAACGGGGCAGCAGACUCGCGUCAGAAUUCCGCCGAAUCACACUGGCUUUUGGGAACUGGACGAGCCAAGGCUAAUAUCAUGGCACGAAUCGUAGCGAUCAAGGAGACCCUCGAGAAGGCCCUCAAGGACGAGAGCAAGCCUUGGACGAAGUACCUCGUCUUCGCCGAGCAAAAGACCGGCGUCGAUAGGCUCUACGUCUUUGUUGCAUCAGUCUUAUUCUUGGCGCUCUACCUAGUUGUCGGCAUUGGCCAGCAACUAGUUUCAAAUGUAAUUGGCUUCUUGUACCCAGCAUAUUGUUCGAUGAAAGCAAUAGAAACAAAAGAGAAGGAUGAUGAUACAAAGUGGCUCACAUACUGGGUUGUCUUUGCAGUCUUUACCAUUGUAGAGUACUUCUCUGACUUUAUUGUGGGCUGGUUCCCAGUUUAUUGGCUUGUCAAGUGUCUCUUUUACAUUUGGCUUAUGAUCCCAACGGAGUACAAUGGUUCUCUUGUUCUCUACCGACGUGUGAUUCGCCCCAAAUUCCUUCAGUACCAACCUAAUGUAGAUAACAUACUAAAUGAUGCACGAAAAGCUACAAUAAAAGCAGCAGGUGGUCUGUUGAAUGCAAAGAAUGAAUAGGUUCAGAUGCUUCCUAGCGUGAUGUAUACUUUCCAAAUAUUAGCAAAUCAAGACUUGCGAUAAGUUCUUCUACCCAUUCCUACGAUAAAUAAUGCAAUAAUUCCAACACGAAAAUCCUUUAUACAUGUUUUUUAUGACAAAAGAUUUUUUUAUCGCAUAUUUUUCUAAAUUAGUGGGUACCUGCAGUGGUGCUGUAUACUUUUAUUUAGUCUCAAUCGAUUAACAAAUAGAUUAAUUUUUACAACUACCACACUAUAAUGAAAUGUAUCUCUGAAUCCAAAAACAAUUAUGCAAAGUGCCUGUAACUUCUUCAAUUAGUUAAUAGCGGAUUUUCGAUGUUAUUUUUUUGUAAGAAAUAUUGUAUCGUGCCAUUUUCAAUUCUUGUUUGCAUGCUUAUAAUCGAAGUGUGAAUACUAUACAUUUUUCUUAAGUGCGGUGUUGAUAUGAUCUGUAAAUUUGUAGUUUAAGCUCUUUUUCGAAAAUAUUAAACAAGUCAUCUUUUGUAAAAAAAAUUUUCUACUUUACAACUCCAAAAGUCUAUGAAAUUUCUUAAUCGCGUUUUUUCCCAUGUGCAUCUUGUCAAAGCAAAUAGUCUUAAAGAUAUUAAUCAGGAUUUUUCAUUGUACUGAAGCCAUUUUCGAUAUUUAACUAUUAUCGAUUUAAUUUCAAAACAACAAAAUCCUUCCAAACAAAAGUAUACUUCAGUGUCCAUGAAAAGUCAGGUGAUACUUAUUACUAAAGAAAAGUUAGUUAGUAAAAAAAAACUAAGUGCACUGUUAUGAUUGUUACUGCAUAAUUAAAUUAACCUUGAAACUGUAAUUUUUUUUUCUUUUUGAAUCGAAAGGUUAAGGUAGUUUAAUUAGGAUAAUUUUUUAUAUUUUACAACCUUUUGUACAAGCUGCGUCAAAAGAGUCUUGUUUUAAACAGAGGUAUGCUUUCAAAGCGCACAAAUUGAAAGUGACUUAACAAUGUACGCGAUUCUCUUUCGAUGUGCAAAUGAAAUUUGCCUGGAUAAUGCUUCUCCAAACUUGAACAUUAGUUUUCGGCUCUUCACUUCUGAUAAUCCGUUUCGGCGAGCGUAUUUCUGGUAACGAAAGAGUACACCAAAAAUUAUAAGCAACGUUGUUAUAUGCAGUUACAAAAUUAUUUGUAAAGAUAAAAAUUAUACUGUACAUCUCUUUGUAAUGGAAUUUCUCCGCUGUCAGUGCAAGCUUACGUAUGUGCCGAAUCGUGGUAGCGGCGGCUAUCUGCACUUCGGAGUCCUCAGACCCGACCAAGCGAAGCACGUGCUAUGGAGAUUUUUUAUUAUUGAUAUUCAUAUUCUUUAUGCAAUUUACGGUAAUAAAUUAAGUGAAACACAA